CGGCAUGAAGGAGAUCCUGCUGAUGGGCUUCUACCAGCCCCACGAGGCCCUCAGCCGCUUCCUGGUGUCAGCGCAGCAGGAGUUCAAGAUCCCCAUCAGGUAUCUCCAGGAGUACGCAGCGCUGGGCACGGGUGGUGGCAUCUAUCACUUCCGAGACCAGAUCCUGUCAGGUGGUGCUGAGGCCUUCUUUGUCCUCAACGCAGAUGUGUGCUCAGAGUUCCCGUUGCAGGAGAUGCUGGAGUUCCGGCAGCGGCACGGGGACGCGCACAGCUUUGUCAUGCUGGGUACCACAGCCAACAGGACGCAGGCGCUGAAUUACGGCUGUAUCGUGGCAAAUGCAGACACGCAGGAGGUCCAGCACUACGUGGAGAAGCCCAGCACGUUUGUCAGUGAGAUCAUUAACUGUGGCAUCUACCUGUUCGCACCUGCCAUCUUCCAGCAUAUAGGCGAGGUCUUCCAGAGGAACCAGCAGGAGCUAGUGCUCUGCCCCUACCUUGGAGAGGAGAGUUCCAAUGGCUGGCAGCGUGCAGAAGUGAUCCGGCUAGAGCAGGACGUUUUCACAGCACUGGCUGGGAGUGGCAAACUCUAUGUCUACAAAACUGAUGGCUUCUGGAGCCAGAUCAAAUCGGCUGGCUCUGCUAUCUAUGCUAGCCGCCUUUACCUGAACCAGUACAGCAAAAGCCACCCAGAGAGGCUGGCCCAGAACAAGCCUGGAGGCCCUAUCAUCCGAGGGAACGUAUAUAUCCACCCGACAGCCUCUAUUGACAGCACAGCAGUGCUGGGCCCCAAUGUCUCCAUUGGGGAGGGGGUGACGGUGGGAGCUGGUGUGCGUGUGCGAGAGUCUAUCGUCCUGCAUGGUGCCUCACUCCAUGACCACACCUGUGUCCUCAAUACCAUCGUGGGCUGGGACAGCACCAUUGGACGGUGGGCCCGAGUUGAAGGAACACCCAGUGACCCCAACCCCAACGAUCCCUAUGCCAAGAUCGACAGCGAGACCCUCUUCCGGGACGGGCGCCUUACACCAUCCAUCACAAUCCUGGGCUGCAGUGUCACCAUCCCUGCUGAGGUUGUUAUUCUUAACUCCAUUGUCCUUCCUCACAAGGAGCUGAGCCGCAGCUACAAAAACCAGAUUAUCCUGUGA